GGUGGGCGCACCGCACUCUGGGAGUUGUAGUUCGGCGCCCGCCCAGCUAGGCGCAAUCUCGGCCAGCAGCGGGCGUGGCCUUCCUCCUGGCAUUCCUCCAAGGAGUGCGGAACCAGAGGGUCCCAGGGUGGAAAACAAGGCGGAGCCAGGAUUCAGAGCCCCUCAACCGUAGCCACCCAGGAGGGGGCGUGGCAAGCGGGAAGACGAUCGGAGGCGCGCGCCGCCCUCUGGGAGGUGUAGUUCAGCGUCGGUACGCAGGCGCAGUGCGCUCCGUGGCGGCCUCAGUCUUUGUCUUACAGUCCAGCGAACUGCCUACAGAGGAGCUGACUAUUCCUGCAAGAGGCCCGAGGAGGAGGGAAUGACUGCUGGGCUCCUCACUGCCGGGGACCCGGAGCAAGUGACUUUUGAGGACGUGGUCGUGGACUUCACCCAGGAGGAGUGGGGGCAUCUGGAGCCGGCCCAGAGGACCCUGUACCGAGAUGUGAUGCUGGAGACCUUCAGACUCCUGGUCUCUGUGGAUUUGGAAACCAGACCCCAAAGCAAGCUAUCAACUGAAAAGCAAGGUGUAACUGAAGAAAUAGCCAACAGUGCCCUGGUAGAAGGGUUUCUGCAGGAAAGUCUGUGGCACUUUAAGGAUGAAGAUGCUGCAGGCAACAGGGAACAGGGCCCUGAGAAGUCAGAUAGCUGUGUGGUGCAGGCAGCCUGCACACCUGUGAAGACACCGACACAGGAGCAGCAGCAGGGGAAUGGGUGUGGGGAAAACUUGAGUCUGAGGCCAGAUCUCCCAACUCAACCAAUGACUCCUGAAAGGCAAGAUGCCCCAAUGUGGGGAGCACAUGGACAGAGGGAGAAUUCAGACUCAAAUGCUCAACAGAAAACCUGUGCAAAAGAGAAGCCCUAUGGAUGUCAGGAAUGUGGAAAGACCUUUAGUCACAGCUCAGCACUCAUUGAACACCACCGAACACACACAGGAGAGAGGCCUUAUGAAUGUCAUGAAUGUGGAAAAGGCUUUCGAAACAGCUCAGCGCUUACCAAACACCAGCGAAUCCACACUGGUGAGAAACCUUACAAGUGUACUCAGUGUGGGAGGACCUUCAACCAAAUUGCCCCAUUGAUCCAGCACCAGAGAACUCACACGGGUGAGAAACCCUAUGAGUGCAGCGAGUGUGGGAAAUCCUUCAGCUUUAGAUCCUCCUUCAGCCAACAUGAGCGGACGCACACAGGUGAGAAGCCCUACACGUGCAGUCAGUGUGGGAAGGCCUUCCGACAGAGCAUCCAUCUCACCCAGCACCUGCGAAUCCACACUGGGGAGAAGCCAUACCAGUGUGGAGAGUGUGGCAAGGCCUUCAGCCACAGUUCAUCCCUGACUAAACACCAGCGGAUCCACACUGGGGAGAAGCCCUAUGAGUGCCAGGCAUGUGGAAAAGCCUUCACCCAGAUCACACCACUGAUUCAGCAUCAGAGGAUACACACAGGCGAGCGGCCGUAUGAGUGCAGUGAGUGCGGGAAGGCUUUCAGCCAGAGCACACUCCUGACUGAGCAUCGGAGGAUCCACACAGGAGAGAAGCCCUAUGGGUGCAAUGAGUGUGGGAAAACCUUCAGUCACAGCUCAUCGCUUAGCCAGCACGAGCGGACACACACAGGCGAGAAACCCUAUGCAUGCAGGCAGUGUGGGAAGGCCUUCCGGCAGAGCACACACCUCACUCAGCAUCAGAGAAUCCACACGGGGGAGAAGCCCUACAAGUGUAGUGACUGCGGCAAGGCCUUCAGCCACAGCUCAUCCUUGACCAAACACCAGCGGAUCCAUACUGGGGAGAAGCCCUAUGAGUGUAAUGAGUGUGGCAGAGCCUUCAGCCAGCUUGCUCCACUCAUUCAACACCAGCGGAUCCACACAGGAGAGAAGCCCUAUGAGUGUAAUCAGUGUGGCAGAGCCUUCAGCCAGAGCUCCCUCCUCAUAGAACACCAGAGGAUUCACACCAAGGAAAAACCCUAUGGGUGCAAUGAAUGUGGAAAAUCCUUCAGCCACAGCUCAUCGCUCAGCCAGCACGAGAGGACACACACUGGGGAAAAGCCCUACGAGUGCCAGGAUUGCGGAAAGUCCUUUAGGCAGAGCACCCACCUCACUCAGCACCGGAGGAUCCACACAGGAGAGAAGCCAUAUGAGUGCAGGGACUGUGGGAAGGCCUUCACACACAGCUCCUCCCUUACCAAGCACCAGAGAACUCAUACUGGGUAGACCCACUCCAUGUGUGCUGGGACCCAGCAAAGCCUUAAGCCACAGCACAUCGCUUACUACAUUUGACCCAGUCAUACUCCUGAUAAACAAUACACUGUAAACAAGCCUUUGUGCUCAACACACCCCUAAGACUCCCACACAGAGUUGACAUUUAUGGAAAUGACUGUGGGAAUAGCAAGCUCUGGGUCAUCUAUCCCAGACAGCCAGUCAUCCAGACAGUAGGGAAGUGUGAAGUUAAUCACUGUUGAGGACCUUUAGCCAUGAGUGCCCACCAAUGCUUUACUAUAGAACCUACAAAAGGGAGAAAUGGAAAAAAUGUAGUGGACAUGAGGUGGCUUCUGAGAAGUCACCAUAUUCUAAACCAGACAUUUUCAAAGUGGUGAGAAACUCAACAAAUGCCUUUCAUAUAAAAGAAUCAGAUGCAGUCAGAAUUUGUCAUUAUUGCACAUGACAUUCUUGUGGGUAGGUGCUUAUGAAAAGUGCAAGUUGACUUUCAUAUUUGCUAAAACCAAUAUGGCAGAAUGUUCCAGACAUGAGAGUGGCAUUUUUAUGGAAUCAUGAAUAUUCAAAUAUCUCAGCACAAAAUUUUCUGAUUUGUGUGUAAUUGUUUGAACAAGGUACAUGGCCACCAGCCUCACAAAUGUGAAUGCCAUAUGAUAAUUAUCCAUGUACUAUAACCAUUUUAAAGUAGUUGUAUGCAUUAUGUGGCAAUAAGUUAAUUUUUAUACGCAAUGGAACUGAAAAGAUUUGUAUAGGAAGACUUGAAAGGUAGAGCCCCUUCCACAGAGUCUUGCAGAUUCUGAGAUGGUUUUUACUGCUUUGUUCUUGCUAUAAAAUUUUCUACCAGACUCAAAGGCAUUAGAAAUUCAAAUGUUGCUGUUUCACAAUUUAUCUUUGUUAAGUCACCAUCUUGAGGCUUCCCAGAUGACUCAGUGUUAAAGAAUCCACCUACCAAGCAGGAGGUGCUGUUUUGAUCCCUGGGUCAGGAA